ACCUAGGAUGGAAGUCAACGAAAAGUGAUUGAAGUGAUGAGAUGGAAGCUCGAUGCGACAAAUGGAGUACCCAAACCGCAGUAACCGCCAUAACCGCGCUCAAAUCAAAAUGCAGUGCCAUCUGUUUGUUGCUCUCGUGAGGCAGCCGCUACUGGCGUUGUGUUGGUGACUUACCAUCCAAUGUUCUUGUGCGACGGUUUUGUUUGCCUUGCGGCGCCCGAGAAGCCGUAGAAUAUGAUUCCACCGCCGAGGAGGAGCGGGUUCUUUCUGGACUCAGGCAAGCUCGCGGCAUCCCGCUAAUUCCCUCCCGGCCAGGAAAUGAACAAACAAAUGGCGGAACAUCUGUUCCUGAUCGCGUAAACAAAGGCCUCUUUUGUGCUGGUGGACGAUAUUCCCAUCGGCGAGCACAACAUCCACUUGAUAACACCACACGAAAAGCUUUGCGACUCAACGCGUCCACAUCGGCAAGCCAGCUUCGAACAUGGCCGAUACGCCUACAUUCAGCCCAACGAGGGAGCCCGCCGCCGCCCGAUUGCGCGAGCUUGAGGCGCUCCAGAAGGAGCUGCAUACUCGCAUCGCCUUUUUCGUCGUCCUCUCGGCCCUCCCGCUGGCCAGCUUCAGCAUGGUGGCGAUGAGCCUGCUGAGCCUCAAGACGACCGCCGCCGGCGAGGCACGCAAGGGGGGCCUCGACAGGGACGGUAGCCCGACGCUCUGGCUCCUGUGCCUGGUCGUCACCACGACGUUGACCAGCGUAGCGGCGGCCGCCAUGAUGGAGAACCUCGUCAAGCCGCGUGCCCGGGACUGGUGGGGGAUGUCCCUGCUGAUGGCCGCCGUCUUCGUGUGCGCCAUCCUCGUCCUCCCCGUGCACCUGGCCGUCAGCGCCUACUGGGGCGAAGCCCUCGGCCGCGCCUGCAUCUUUUUCAUGUCGGUGCUCUUUUGCCUGACGGCCAUUAGGCUCGGCUCGAGGACCGCCAGAGAGACACAACAGCCUGCAGCGGACAUGAACCUUGAGGAGAGAUGAAUGGCAUGCCAGCCGGAGCCGGGAACAGUGUCACCAGUCGUCCAAGAGAAAGUGUGCGUCCUGGGCUUGGCGCAGGAAAAGGAGGGCGCAGGGGGCGCAUGUUGGUAGGUAGGAAGCUGCCAGACCGCAGCAAGGGAUAGUAUUCGGGGUCCAGCAAGGGAGUGGGCGCGAAGGAACGGGUCAAACAGCGCUUGGUGGUGAAAUUCUAUCCUCUGACCUGGGAACCGGCCCGGGAGACGCUCGAGCAAAGGGUCCGCGCUGGCCCGCAACAACAAUACAGAAACUGGAACUGGCUGUUGGCCGGCAACGCCGUUUUCACCGACAGUCUUGGCCGCAAUAAACCAAGGUGCUGGGACCCGUCUCCAAAGAGGGUCGUCGGCCUGCGUCGCCGAGUGUGGAUCAGUCCUUUGGAUGCUUUUGCCGUUCCAGCGGACCGUGGGGACCAUGGCAGUAGAGACGUCAAUUGUGGCAAGUGGGUAUCCCAGGUUGGAAACCCGGCUAGCCAAGCCCGUGCAUGUGGCCAUUUCAAAAGUACAGCCGAGGCCUGCAAGAUGUGUGGCUGGGCAUUCCAAGUUGCUAUUUUUGCUAGCCAGUGAAGAGGCACAUAGUCAGGCCUCCUGUCGCUCCAGCCUCGACAGAUAAUCCGAACUUUGCGUUUGUCCCCGUGAUGAUGUGCUUCCCU